AUGAUGUCUCGCAUUGCAGGGAAUACCAUUUUCGUGGGACUGGGAGCUUCAAAUCAAAACCCGCGUCCGUUCGGAUGGGCACACUCGUUGACCUCGAUCGUGUGUUUUGUGAUCGGCUGCUUCCUCUUUGCACGGCUCAAUCGCAUCAUUGGGGCACGGCGUCGGGGGUCUCUGAUGCUGUCUUUCCUCAUCCAAGCUUGCAUCAUCAUCAUAACAGCUGCCCUCGUUCAGGGAAGAGUUGUGUCGAGUGCUCUCGAUGACGAUUUAUCACAAUCCAUCACUCGAUGGGACCAAGAAGUGCCGAUCGUGCUUCUUAGUCUUCAGUCGGCAGGACAGAUCGUGGCCAGUCGUGCGUUGGGCUUCAACGAGAUUCCGACCGUGGUAAUCACCAGUCUGCUCUGCGAUCUGAUGUCGGACCCGAAACUGUUUCUCUUGCGAAACGACAAGCGGGACCGUCGUAUCAUAGCGUUCGUUCUAACGCUGGCGGGUGCCAUUGUUGGGGGCUGGGUCACCAAGGCCACAGGGAACAUCGCUCCAAUCCUUUGGCUGGCUGCUGGAAUCAAAUUCCUUGUGGCGGGAUCCUGGGGAAUGUGGAAAACCAAGGCAUGA